CUGUUCCGAAGAUCACUCAAAAUUUGUCUAAGUUCAAUUUAGUUUGCCGAGCAAAAUUCUUGGUUAUUUCCAUUGCGUUCGCUGCUCGUUAUCUCAUUAAUCAACCUCGAUUUAUCUCAGUAAAAUAUCAGAAAGCUUGAUUCGUAGGUUGAAAUUAGCUGUUUUGUAAUAAAAGAACGACGAUUUCUCUGACUUAAUUAUGAAUUUGCCUGCUGUUGAGUUCUCUUUGGACGAAGAUUUGAGAAAACAAGAGUCGUCUGAAGAAAAUGAUUGGGAACAGGCUCUUACGGUGUCCAAUCAAAAUUUGAAGCAAUUUCCCAUUGAGGCCUUCGCAGAAACAAACAAACAAAAUUUGAAUAUUUUGGUGGCUUCCAAAAACGAAAUCACCGACAUUCCAUGUGAAAUAUCACUUUGCUUUGCCCUGAAACGUCUCGAUCUUUCAAAAAACCAAAUUGAUCGGCUGCCUAUUGAGUUGUUCACGCUUCCAAACCUUAAUUAUGUUGACCUUGGAUCUAACUUACUCAGCGAAUCUUGUUUGGAUUUCUCCGAAAGCAGCGAAGUGAUUGUCGCUGCUAGUCGCAUUACACACCUCGUCCUCUCGAACAACAAGUUUGCAGUUGCACCUUGGUGGAUUCCUUUAAUGAUUAAAUUGUCUUAUUUGCACAUGGGAGCCAAUUCUCUGAAAUGUCUUCCUUCAGCAAUUGAGAAGCUGACAAGUCUACAAGACUUGUAUCUUGGUGGCAACAAGCUUUUGGAGAUACCUGAGUCUAUUGGAUCAAUGUUACAAUUAUCAAAGUUAAUUGUAAAUGAUAAUCAUUUGGUCUCCAUACCAGAUGCACUUGCAAAUCUGCGCAACCUCAAAUCUUUAAUGUUGCAUGGAAACCGCUUGAAAGUUUUGCCACAGUCUUUGAUUAAAUUGCAGAAUCUCGAGGAGUUGAGUUUGCGUGGGAACCCUCUGGUUGACCGAUUCGUGCGAUCAGUACACAUGUACAACGUGCCUUCGCUUAAAGAACUGGCGAGUCGAUUUGUCGUUAAAAAUGGGCUUAAUAUUCAAUUAGGCGAUAUUCCAGAAACACUGAUGAACUUCUUGAAAUCGUCUCAACAAUGUAUCAAUCCUGCAUGUGGUGGAGUUUAUUUUACAUCCUGCGUAGAACAUGUGAAGUUUGUCGACUUCUGUGGGCGUUACCGGGUUCCUUUUUUGAUAUAUCUCUGCUCACCGAAUUGCGAGUACCCAGAAACUGAUUCCUCCAGUAGUUCGGACGCUGAAAGUCUACUUGGAGUUUCUCCGAUGCACAUGAGAAGAGUUUUACUGGGAUGAAUAACUGAUUAUACGUUUUUACGUGCACGAAUUAAGUGCCUUAACCAAUUAUCACUUGCUUGCUUUUAAGCAAAAAAAUAACUGAUUGAUCAAUUUAAAAAGUCGAUAUUCAAUUUAAAGAAUCGAACUUUUAGCAGCUAAUUGUUUCAAAACUAUUAAAAAUGGCGAAACUUGCUCUGGCAUAUUGGUUGCAGUCGUACAAAUUUAAUCUCGAUCAUUUUUGUUGUUAUGAUUGCACAAUCAACGGUUGUGAUAUAAUACCAAGUUGUUGUCCAACUGAUCGAAAAAAAAUUUCGUUAUUGAUUAGCAUGAGCUAAUUCCGCUUCAUCAAUUUAGUGU